AUGACUCCAUCCGCCGAUUUCGCCGAGGGCCGGCCAAUCACAGCGCGGAUAGUCAUAAUGCCCAUUACGCACCCGUCCGACGGCUUCGGCUUCGGCACGCGGUGUCCAUGGUACUGCCCCUCCCCGGGGUCCCAUGGCGCAAGAGUUCGGACCUUUGCCUUCCAGUUUCACCUCAGCAACGUCACCUCGCCUCGCUUCGCUCGGCUCGGCUCCCCCCAACCCUAA